UGGUUGUAGUAGGGAUGCGAAGGUCCAUCCGAGACUCAUUUCAUCCUAUGGGUUGGUCAUUUAUUAUUUCAUUAUCUCCAGGCUGGCUGGGGGUAGGGGGGAGGCGGACACCUACGGCGCAAUAACUUGACAGCAUCAAGACACUGUUCAUUCAUUUCUACACCUUGACUCCCAGGGCAGCUCAUGCAGAGCUCGGGUACAGACAUACGUAUGGCGCGAAUUGCCGAACUUUGGACCCGUCGCGCCAUGGACGCGCUGCGAGCGGACACAGGCGCCCUGGUACCUCAUGCAAAUACGUACGCUGACGUCGGCGGUCAUGUGGGUUGUGCCGUAGAUCCUCCUUGUGAUCGCGAUUCUCCUGCUCUGUCGUCUCUCCCGGCUACCCAUUUGUCUAAAUAUACUACACUUCUUAUCAUGACCAGCUGAUGGUUUACACUCCCACUUGGAUAUCUACCGUGUCGUCCGAGCAUCGUGCCAGACCCCCCGGGCAGAGUGUCCUGUGUAAUGAAGGUGCAUGAAGCCCUCCAUCGCCGGAGCUGACCCUGGCAGCCAGUGCAGCCUCCCCCCGCCGCCGUCGCCGCCAGCCCUCGGCACUCCACCAGCCCUCGGCCCCCUCGCACGAGUCCCCGUUCCCUCCUCCAUGUAGAGUAGGCCUUCUCACUGCAGCUCGGGUCUGCAAUAGGUCUGGUCUGGUCUGCGGAGGACCGAUCGCCCGCUCGCUCCUUCCUCCACGGCGUUGCGUUGACCCAGUCUCCUCUGCAUUGUUUGCCUAAAAAUAGCACCCCAACCUGGGCUUCUCAAACCUUGCGUUUCCCCACAUCCCCGCCCUCCCCUUGUCUUCUGCACUGUUCAGGCCCAGUGCCAGGCCUGUGUCCCUGUGGCCCGUCUUUUAACGUGACGGCACAGAGCGUCGGCUUGCUCCGCAGACUUUGUCCCCCUCCGUCUCUGGCCCGAGCACAAAACCAACUGUCCACCUGGAUCUUGAACAGGGUCAAGGUUAGCCAUGGCAAGCCGACGGAAAGCGUCCGUCCCCUGCAUGAUCCGACCGGACCGGACCCUGGUGGAGAUGGACGACGAGGAUGAGGACUCGCACGACAUGGAGACGAUUCCAGAGAAGCCUUUCCGGGGCGCCGACGUGACGGCGGACAACGCGCCGAAGCAGCCCCCGUCAGAGCCUCCGGACCAAGCCGGUCAUUCCCCGGCGCCUCCCGACCAAUCACAGGCCUCGGCCACCCCCAGGCCGCGGCCGCAGCCGCAGCAGGGCGGCUACGAGUGCAAGUACUGCCCCUUCUCCACGCAGAACCUCAACGCGUUCAAGGAGCACGUGGACGCCAGCCACCCCAACGUCAUCCUCAACCCGCUGUACCUGUGCGCCGUGUGCAACUUCAACACCAAGAAGUUCGACUCGCUGACGGAGCACAACGAGAAGUGCCACCCGGGCGAGGUCAACUUCAAGUUCCGACGCGUCAAGCUCAACAACCAGACCGUCCUCGAGCAGACCAUCGAGGGCUGCGGCGCCGCCGCCAACAACAGCGACGCCAACGCAGCCGUGCACAACACGUCCUACCCGGCCGCCGCCGCCGCCGCCGCCUUCAGGAACGGGCAGGAGCAGGGCGGCCUGGGCAAGGCCAGCGCGGGCGUCAAGUUCGCCAAGCCCAAAGUCAUGUCCUCCUCGGAUAUUAAAAGAACAGAGUUUCACCUGGGGCACCUGACCUCUGAACUGAGGAAGCCCAUCAACGCGGUGAACGUCAACGGCACGGUGCUCAUCCCCGAGGCCAGCCUCCUGAAGGGGGACAGUCCGUCACACAUCAUGCCUUCACUGCAGCGGCCUCCCAACUUCUCCCAGGUGCCGAAGAUCGCGGUGCCCCUCAACACCACCAAGUACAACCCCUCGCUGGACGGGAACCUGACGCUCAUGUCGUCGUUCAACAAGUUCCCCUACCCCACGCAGGCGGAGCUUUCCUGGCUCACCGCCGCCUCCAAGCACCCCGAGGAGCAGAUCAAGGUGUGGUUCACCACCCAGAGGCUCAAGCAGGGCAUCAGCUGGUCCCCCGAGGAGGUGGAGGAGGCCAGGAAGAAGAUGUUCAAUGGCACCAUCACCUCGGCCCCAGCGCAGACCUUCACGGUGUUGGCCUCGUCGCGGCCCUCCCCCGCCCACCCCAUCUCCAUCACCAGCUCCUCCUCCUCCUCCUCCUCGGUGAAGGUCAGCAGCCAGCUGGGGGCCUCCCUCCAGUCCCUGCCCUGCCACCUCCUGGGCACCACCAGUCUGGUGCUGACGCCCGUGGCCAACGGCUCCACCGUCUCCUGCGCCCCCCUGGCGCUCACCCUGACCAACCAGGUGGUGCAGUCCCUCAAGCGGCCCCUGUCCUCCCCCAUGAUCGCCACCGGCAUCAAGCGGCCGUCCAUCAUCCAAACCAUCCAGGCGCCGCUGGCCCCCACCAAGGUGGCCGCCACCAAGCUGCUCAGCUUCACCCUGGACCCACACAAGACGGCCAAGCAGCUGUCGUUGCUCCGGCACAGCUACACCCAGUGCCCGUUCCCCGAGGAGGACGAGAUCUACAGGCUAAUAGAGACUACCGGCUUGUCCAGAGGGGAGAUCAAGAAGUGGUUCAGUGACCAGCGGCUUCUCAACAUCAAAGGGGCCCCCCCUCCCCCGUUGCUGGUGAAGGCGGAGCACCCGGCGCCCCCCAGGGAGGUGUUGGUGGCGCGGGCCGUGCCCAGCCACUUCCCCCUGCUGGAGAGGGUGAAGGGGAAGUCCUCGGAGCAGCUGACCGCCCUGGAGGAGAGCUUCCAGAGGAGCAGCCGGCCCACGGAGGAGGAGCUAGACCAGCUGUCCCGGGACACCAAGCUGUCCCAGACGGAGGUGGACUGCUGGUUCUCGGAGCGCCGGGCGCUUCGGGACAACAUGGAGAAGGCCCUGCUCAACCUGGGGGCCGUCCCUCGGGGGGGCCCCCUGGUGGAGAAGAAGAAGAAGGAGGAGGAGGAGGAGGGGGGCGGCGGCGGCGUGGGGCCAAAGGUCAACGGGGCGUCCGGUGCCCCUGAGCCCCCGCUCCCAGUCCUCUGCUCCUCCUCCUCUUCCUCCUCCUCUCCGCCGCCCGUGCUCGUGGCGUCCACGCCGCUCCCCCCGCCGCUGCUGUCCGUGUCUUCGGCGUCGCCGCCGGUCCUCGCCGUGUCUUCGGCGUCCCCCUCUUCCUCUUCCUCCCCGCGCCCGCCCCUCCUCUCGGCCUCCACCAGCCCGGGCCCCGUCCCCGGCCCGGGCCCCGUCCCCGGCCCGGGCGCCGUCACCGGCCGCUGCCUCACGCUGCUCAGAGAGGUGUUCAGCCGGACCCAGUGGCCGUCCCCCGAGGAGUACAGCCAGCUGGAGGCGCAGACCGGCCUGGGCCGCACGGACAUCGUGCGCUGGUUCAAGGACCACCGCGCGCUGCUGAAGAGCGGCCAGAGCCUGGAGUGGAUGGAGGGCCCCCCCCCCCCGCAGCAGCAGCAGCAGAAGAGGGCCGCCCCGGAGCCGCUGCAGAGAGCCGUCCCGGAGCACAACGGCGGCGGCGGCGCUGAGCAGCCCCCGCAGGCCGACGCCGUCCACCAGGAGGCCAGGGUCGUCAAAGCUCUGGGGGCCUCAGAAGGCCCCGCUGAGGUCCAGGCCGGGUCGGGGGCCAACAAGCUGUCGGGGCCCGAGCUGGUCCAGUGGUUCACCGACAGGCUGGGCCACAGCGUGAGCGACCUGAGCCGGAGCCGGGCGGACCCCGCCGAGACCAGCAUCAACCCCACCGACAAAGAGAGGUGGGUGAAGGUGAUGGUGGCGGUGGGGGAGGAGAGCGACAGCCAAGUGGACAGACCCAAGCUGGCGGCUGACACGGAGAUACUGCCCCUGGAGCAGCCCGCGAGGGUCACUGGCUGAACGGGGGGAGAUGAUUGGCUGCCGGGGCUCGGAGCAUACUAGGCAACUCUGGAAGGAAUACAUUUUUUGCCUUAUUGCCAGUGAUGGAAGUCAAGAAUCACCCAUGGGUAUCUACGGAAGUUCCUCGUGCCCCGCCCGAGACAGAAGAUGGAGUGCCAAAGCUGGACUUGAUGCAUUGCUCUUACUAUUAUCACUACUACUAUUACUACCACUACAAUUUUUUUAAACCCUUGUACAUAUUUUCUGUAUUGCAAAAAAAAAAAAAGGCUUUGUAUAGUUUUGCUGUGAGGGAAGAUUUUGUUACGUUUUUUCUUUUCUUUUUUAAGAAGUAUCUUUGAACAGUGCCCCCAGAACAAGGAAUGUGUUUUUCAGAAGUCUCAUAGAGUACCACCUUGUUAAUUGAUAAAACAUUGAAAUGCAGGUGUCGUAUCAACAGUGGUAAUAGAUUGCACUUAAGUCUCCAUGGUAUUAACUGGUUGUUUCCAUGGUAUCAACAGUUUUUUACCCUAACAGGCCAUCCAAUCACCUGAGAGCUUUAGUUGUUACAGAUGGUCGUCACCCCGUGGUCCAAAGUCUUCUUCAUAAUUUGACUUGUGUAUUAAAUAGCAGAAAAACAAAGGUUUGACCAGGCCAGAGUAUUAACAAAAAAAACUACGCACUCUUGGUAGGCAAAUGGAAGUAAAACGGUAGACUUUUUUGCAGUCAAAUGAAUGAAUGUGCACAUGUGAACAAUAGUUUUUGUAUUCAUAUAGUUACCUUUACAAUCAGCUGUGUGCUUUGUUGCAACAGGCUUUAGACGAUAUAUCUUUUUAUUUCAACUAUAGACAUGAUGCAUUGUAAAAAGAGUAAGACAUUUCUGUAUUAUCUCGCACCAUGCUGCCUUUUGUUUUUUUCUGUUGGAUAUUUCUUGUUUAAAUGUUGCCAUCUACUGUCCAACGCUUACAGGGAUGACAAAUGUAUAAUAAUCUCCAACUGCAUUUUUUUUUUUUUUUUGUAUGGCUUGGGUAAAAAUGAGCAUUUCAAGCCUUUUGGAUUUCCAUAUGUUCCUGAAUCAUAUAAAAAAAAAAAAAAGAUUUGGUGCAGUAACAAUUGCAGAUUUUCUCUCAGUAGGACUGACCUUAAUGUCACGUCAUUACUUCAUACAUACAAUAAUAUACUUCGCAAAGCAUUUCAGGAAUUUCCAAAGAAAAGAAAGAGCCCUGGAUUCAUGAUUGACUUCGAGCCUGCUGAUGCUCUGGUUGUAUGGCUGUCGAUGCUGGCUGAAUGUCCAUUGCUGCUACUUCAGUGUAAUGUACAAACAAGUAUCUGGGAUACUGUUUUUCCUUCGCAUUUGGCUACUGUGGAAUACCGCUUGCUUUAUUUGUUUUCUACAAGUCCACAGGAGGUCAAUAAAUACACAACCAAUUGUAAAAACUAGUAUUGUCUGAAUUUUGCACAAGGUCGCAAAAAUGUAUUUGAUUACUUGGGUUCAGUCGACACAAAGCAAAUCACAGGACAGCCUUGGGGCUAGUACAGUUGGCCUGUUGCAAAAACAUAACAUUUGAUCAUUUAUUAGGUUAAAAUUUGGUUGUUUGCCUUCAAAUAUCUGCUUUUUAUGCCCUUGAUCGCCUUAAACAUAAUUGUCCUUCUGAUGCUGGGCUGACAAGUUCCUAAAAGGACAAGUCUCAGUAACAUUAGUUGAUUGACCUAAGCACAAAAUGUGUUGGGAUAUUGCACUAAGGAGGGUUGCAUAUGGUUAAUGGAAAGCCUUCAGGCACAAUGACCACGGGUAAAUCAUCCCAAUAUGUUCAUCUUUUUAGUAGUGUCAGUGAAACUCAUUCCACUCUGGCUGCCAUAUUGUUUAUUAAAUGUAUUCCUCAUGUUCAAUUUCUAAGUGGAAUAAAAAAAAGUUGAUAAUGC